AUGAGACAGGUCCAAGGGCAGCAACAUAUUGCGACCUCACGCAGCAGGACGAAUUGCGCCACGUUUAACGUGAAUCGGCUCCUUUCCCUCCUUGUGCCGGUGGCAGUGAAGGCGCUGGUGCAGCUGAAGGAGGCGUGGGGCAUGUGGGCGGGCAACAGCAACGCCACCACAGCGUGCUCUGCAUGGACUGGCGUCACGUGCAGCCCCAAGGGGCUCGUCGUUGCCCUGGAUGCAAAGCUAUUCUCUGACGCGGAUCCUCCCCCCAGCGGCGCCAUACCUGCCUCCAUCACUAGUCUCGCCACUCUGCAAUACCUGUCCGUCACCAUCCACCCACCCUCCCCCUCCACUGCAUUCAUCUUGCAUGCACCAUGCCCUUCCUCCGUUUGCCAUUCGCAGCCAUCGAUUGCUUGCUCUUUUGCCUUCAACCCUCUCCCACGCCCGUUCCCCGCCCCAACCUCCGACCUGACCUACAUUGAUCUGGUGGGGUCCAUUCCAUCCCUCGCCACUCUCACCAGCCUCACCCACCUGUACGUGCUGCUCUCGCAUGGUUCCAGACCUGGAGCUAUUGGAGUGGACGGCAGCAGACUGGCUGGCAGUCUGGAAGGACUGGCGUGGCUCUCCUCCCUCACCAACCUGAAAACACUGGGUCUAGAGUACUUGGCUGCAUUUACUGGGGACUUUUCCUCCCUGCACAUUCUUUCUCACCUGGGAAGCCUUGAGAAGCUGAAUCUCUUGUCGCUCACCAACGCCACAGGGGAGAUUCCCAGAGAGAUCCGAUACUUGACAACCCUCACUGCACUGGACGUAUCCUUCCUUCGUGCCGUGGAGUUUCCUGAUUGGGUCACUCACCUCACCAACCUCCAGUAUCUGAACGUGGAUACGGACGAUCCACGGCGGCAGGGGCUGCUGAAGGAUGACAUGUCUGAGCUCACCGCACUCACCACCCU